ACUUAUGUUUCAUGGCAGAAAUACAGGUAAGAAAGUAAAGGCUGUAGCAAUAAUCAGACAUGCCUUUGAAAUAGUGCAUUUAUUGACAGGCAAGAAUCCACUUGCAGUAUUGUCAUUAGCUGUCUAAAGAGGUGGAGCCAGAGAAGAUUUCACUAAAGUAGGAACAGGUGGUGUUGCCAAAUAAUAAGCAGUUGAUGUUGCUCCAAUUAGAAGAGUUAAUGAAGCUGUUCACAAUUUAGCCAAAGGAGUCAGAGAUUCUGUAUUUAAGAAGAUGAAAACAAUCGCUGAAGCCUUAGCUGAUGAAUUGAUUGCAGCAUCCAAUGAAGACGGAUAAAAGUCAUACACUAUUAAAAAGAGAGACGAAUUAGAGAAAGUCGCCAAAACCAAUCGUUGAUUACGAUCAUUAAUUAUAUUUUAGUACAAUAGAAAAUUAACAUAUUUAAAAAUAUA